CCUGACUCAGGUGAGAAAAGUUGUCUCGACUCUGGAUCUUCUAAGAAGUUCUCUUGCUGCUGGAUCUCUGGUUUGUUCUUCUGUAACACUUCAACGCCUAAAGAGACCAUCACAUACACACAUCUAUUUCUGGAGCUCUUUCUGGACCAAAAGGACCUUGCUGAACGUGGGCCAUGUUUGGCACUGGGCAUUUGGUGUCUUCUGCAGUCUUCCACUCUUCGGCUGCACACUUCUUCCCAGCGUUUCCCAGCAGGUUGACCUCGCCGCAGAUCUUCAUCCCCGGGCCUCUGCUCAGCUACGAGCUCCUGCGCAGUUACCUGCAGCCCGAGCCCUGCAAACAGGCUCUGCUAUUGGCCGCUCAGUCCACAGGACAACAUGCUGAGAAUAUCGGUGAGCUCAUUGCAACCUAUAUGUCAUUUUUGUUGUAAUAUCUUAUAUGGCCUCUUUUAUUUAUGUAUUUGUCCCUGGCCCUCAGACUGGACCUGAUAGAGGCCAGAGUGCAGGUGUGGUUCCAAAACCGCCGGGCUAAAAUGCGCAGGCAGAUGAAGCUCCAGAGUCAGGCAGGAGAGCAGUGCGGCCGGCGUGACAGUGACGAUAGACAGGUCGAUUCGUCCAGCAGGAGCACAGCUCCAGAGCUCCACAGCAGCAGCAGCCCAGACUGGGACAGGAAACAGGAGAGAGGAAGCCCCACUUGUUCCAAACCCUCCUCAUCAGCUAUCCACAGCCCCGUGAGCGACAUGCUUCAGCAGCCUAGAGAUCAGGAGGGGUCAGAGGACUUCCGCUGCUGUAGCAUUGCCAAACUGAGGGCUAAGGCCAGGGACUAUGAGGCAGAGAUCCACAGCACUGUAGCCAAGGCCAGCAGGGAGAGGCAGAUGAAGACACAGCUAUCUGCCACAGGCCUGGAAAGAGACUGAAACAGAUGCAGCCAUUAAACAUUACCUCAGUAUCACACAGGGCACAUUAAAAAUCCCAUUCAAUUCAUUAUUUAUUAUUAUGCACAAUUACACACGCAAUGAGGUUAAACAGUGUGACU